AUGCUGGGACGGAGGUACCUGUCUUCCAGGCAGGCAGCACAAGCGACCUCAUCGCCUUUCCACGCACAUCGAUCGCAGGCUGCGACAGCACUGUCUGGCUUCGCGACCCGCCGCGGUCCUGCCACUCCUAAUCUCGUUGGCUUUAGCCAGCAACGGACGCUCUUUGGCACCAGUUGGGGCUCACAGACAAACACGAACCAUCUGGCGCAUAUGGAGCAAAUGGCGAACAAUCAACCCCAGUCGGCCGCUUCACAGAACGCUUUCUACCAGGCACUGCUACGCGCGAACAUGCCAGAAAUUCUGGUCGAGAGAUAUAACAGCGGGCGGUAUGCGGCGAAUGCGGCAACCGAGACCAUGUACAACAAGGCACUCCAAGCACUCGGAGCAGCAUCUGUUGGUCAGGGCAGCACUGGAGGGGUCAUGGCUGGUCAAGCACAAAAUGGUCAAAAUAGCGGUGCGAACAUGCAGGCCGUUGGACAGGCGGUUGCCGCAAAACUUAGGGGAGGCAAUGUGUCCAUCUCCGGGCGAGGCUCCGGCGCCAAAGCAGACCCGCUCUACGUCGUGGUAGAUGAGAGUGCAUGGAGUCAUAUCUUCAGAUGGAUCAAAUUCAUCCUCUCGUGGGGCCUGGGCGCCUACUGCAUUUUGGUGGCCAUCACUCUCAUUGUGGAAGGCUCUGGCAUGCUCAAGAAAGUCGCUGGAGGCAGAGAUACCGAAGCCAAGCCAGAAUUGCAGAAGACCCGGUUUGAAGAUGUCCACGGGUGUGAGGAGGCAAAAGAAGAGCUACAAGAACUGGUGGAAUUUCUCAAGGAUCCUGAAUCGUUCGGUACACUGGGCGGCAAGCUUCCCAAGGGUGUCCUGCUCGUGGGACCUCCUGGCACUGGAAAGACUCUCCUUGCUCGAGCAGUGGCGGGAGAGGCUCAGGUUCCGUUCUUUUACAUGUCUGGGUCCGAGUUCGAUGAAGUAUUUGUGGGAGUGGGUGCGAAGCGCGUUCGCGACCUCUUCACUGCAGCACGCGCGAAGAGCCCGGCCAUCAUCUUUAUCGACGAGCUGGACGCAAUAGGUGGCAAGCGCAAUGAGCGUGAUGCCGCCUACGCCAAGCAAACCCUUAAUCAGCUUCUUACUGAGCUCGAUGGGUUCGAUCAGUCGUCCGGUGUUAUCAUUAUUGGCGCGACCAACUUCCCCCAAUCUCUUGAUAAAGCUCUGACUCGUCCUGGACGCUUCGACCGUAACGUUGUUGUACCACUGCCAGAUGUGCGUGGCCGCAUUGCCAUUCUCAAGCACCACAUGAAGAACAUCAAGUUCGAUGCAUCCGUAGAUCCUGCUGAAGUUGCGCGAGGCUGUCCUGGUUUCUCUGGCGCUGAGCUCGAGAAUGUGGUCAAUCAAGCGGCUGUCCGUGCCUCCAAGCUCAAGAAAACCAAAGUGGACAUUGCGGAUCUGGUCUGGGCAAAAGACAAGAUUCUCAUGGGAGCCGAACGUCGUUCUGCCGUGAUCCAGGACAAGGAUAAGCUGAUGACUGCCUACCACGAAGGUGGUCAUGCUCUAGUCUGCAUGCUUACUCAUUCCGCCACGCCUCUAUACAAAGCUACGAUCAUGCCUCGAGGUAAUGCUCUAGGAAUAACUUACAUGCUGCCGGAGUUGGACAAGGUGAGCGAGUCGAAGAAGGAUCUGCUCGCCCGCAUUGAUGUGGCCAUGGGCGGCAAAGUUGCAGAAGAACUCAUAUAUGGUCCUGAGAAUGUCACAACUGGUGCUUCGAGCGACAUAAGCGGUGCCACCAACGUGGCCAAGCACAUGGUGAUGAGAGCGGGCAUGAGUGAUCUUGUCGGGAAUGUGGAUCUGGCGGAGGACUACGAGCAGCUCUCCAGCGAGACGAGACAACGUGUCGAGAGCGAGGUUCGGAGAUUAGUCGAAGAGGGGCGUCAGCGUGCGCUCAAACUAUUGACUGAGAACCGAGACGGACUGGAGCGAUUGGCGAAAGCAUUGGUUGAGUACGAGACACUGGACAAGGAGGAAAUUGAAAAGGUAGUGCGCGGCGAGAAGCUCACAGGGAAGAUCAAGGUGCCUUUCAACGCACCAAUCAAAGUGCCAGACAGCAAAGGGACCACGCCUGAUAUGGGACUUGGACCAAUACAUUCUCCUGCGCCGGAAGGCGAGACUGGAUUGGGCGCACCGCCUGCCGUCGGAGGUGGCGCUGCUGGGAGACCUUGA